UAAAAAUCAUCUUAUGCUGUGUAUCGCUAUAUAAAUCACUCAAUUCCUGAGCUGUCUUUAAGGUCGACUAGUUUUCUUUAUUACAAAUACUUCUUUUCAUUUUCUAUUCAAUUAUUUUCUGCUCAAAUACUGUUCAAUUCUAAAUUAUUUGCUUUAUUUUAAUACCAAUAGUUUGCCAAAUUCAAGAUGUCUAAUCCAGAACCAACUACAGAGGUCGCUUCCAGUUCUUCAAAUUCAGUUGAAAUCCCAACUAAAUCAUUAGAUCAUUUAAAAACAUAUCCAAUAUUCAACGAAUUGGUCAAUUACUUAACAUCCUUAAGUUUUGUUGCUUACCUUUCAUCAUUUUUAUCAUCAUUCGAAGUCAAGGAUAAAUUAGAUAACGUAUCUAAAAAGAUUCCAUCAAACUAUAAGGGGUUUUUGGUUACUUAUAUCAGUCAAUUUGAUCAAAUUUUUAAUGAUUUUGUUUUGGAAAAAGGGUUAGAUAGCAACUUUCCUAAUUUAAAAAGUUUGAAUUCUGAUGAUUUGAAAAAUGUUAAACCAAGCUUAGUCUUGAAUGAUUUUGUUACUUAUUUGAAAAAUUUAUUUAACAAGUCUGUUAAUGAUGUUAAAACUUAUAAGGAUAAAGAAAAAAAAAAUGUUUUAAAAAAAGUCAAUCCCGUUGUUUCUCCAGUCAAUGAUAAAUUAGAAUCUUUCAUCAAUAGCUAUUUGCCUUCUGACAAUAACGAAGAAGGAACAGCUUUAAAAAAGAGAAAUGUAACAACUAAUGAAAAAACUAGUAUUAAUGAAGAUGAUGAUGAAGUCCUAAGAAUGUAUGCAUUGGCUUCCUCAGCUUAUCAAAAAGUCAAACCAAUUGCAUCCGCCAAAUCUCAAGAACUAUCUCAAGUUCCAAGAAAAUUAUCUGAUCAUAUUAAUAAUGUUUAUGCUGAAAAUUUAAAAAUCUCUGAAAACUCAAAGUCAAAAGCCAUUAAAUUGACUGGAACCGAUUUGUCAAAUGAAUUCAGCACAGUAUUAAAUCCUCUUGUUACUCCUUUAAAAGCUACAUUGGAAUCAAAGCUUACUCAAGUCAACGAUAAGAUUAACGAAGUCAUUGACAACACUAAGAAUAACUUGGAUUCAUUUGUUGGGAAAAUCCAAAGUUCAGAAUCAUCUCCAGCUGAUGCUCCAACUGAUGCUCCGGUGGCUCCAACUGAUGCGUCUGCUGUUAAUUAAGCCUGCUGAUAUCGUAGUGCUCUUUACUAUAUUUUUACGUAUACAUAUAUGAUUUGGUUGAUUUAGAGAAUAUAAAUUUUCCGUCACAUCUCUAUACUAUCUGGUUUUAUUUCAUGGUUCAGUUCUUUUUUAUGGGCUCAAUUGACCCCCUGGGUUUGUCUGUGUUUUCUGUGUCUUUGUCGAGUGUUCAUUUUCGUUUUAUAUACUAUAAACUAAAUCUAAAUACCUUAGUUCGCAUCUCA